CUCCUCAUAUCGUGAAUGCCUUGUCCCCACUACUGCAUCUCUUCUUCUCCUUCCUCAAUCAUCCAUUUCCCUCUCAACUCUCUCGCUUUCUUUCUACUACAUGGUCUUUGGACUUUCUGGCUUUCUCGUCCUCAAAUGUGCCCCCAAAACUGUAGUUGUCAUUUUUCUCUUGCUUUAUUAGUCAAAAUCACAAUACCCCAAACUACUUUAGUCUCUUUCAAAGGAAUGGGUCUCAUCUAUUUAUGUCUGCUUUUGGCCAUCUUCACCAAAUGGGUUUAAUCAAUUUUGAAUGGGGAGUAGUGAUUCUCUCUCUAGUUAACAGCUUCAGGGUUGGUCACAAUUAUUUUUACUGGAUAGAGACUGCUUGAUACAGUUUUUUUCUUCAAGGAGACAAUGAUUUCCUCCUUUUCGCUGCCCAUCCCUCGACAACCAGCAAAUUAUGAUGAGGUUUCUAUGCAGCAAAGCAUGCUUUUCUCUGAUAGUCUCAAGGAUUUGAAGAAUCUGAGAACACAGCUCUACUCAGCUGCUGAGUAUUUUGAAUUGUCGUACACCAAUGAUGACCAAAAACAGAUAGUGGUGGAUACAUUGAAAGAUUAUGCCAUUAAAGCCCUCGUGAAUACAGUGGAUCAUUUGGGUUCUGUGACAUAUAAGGUUAAUGAUCUAUUGGAUGAAAAGGUUGAUGAUGUUUCUGGAACAGAGUUUCGGGUAUCUUGUAUUGAACAGAGACUACGGACAUGUCAGGAGUACAUUGAUCGUGAGGGCCUUUCCCAGCAGUCACUAGUGAUGAAUUCCCCCAAAUACCAUAAGCGAUACAUCUUACCAGUUGGGGAGACCAUGCGCGGUGCUAGCCACAUGAAAACAAAACAUCAAAGUUGCAGUCUAGAUGAUGAGGAUGACUGGCAUCAAUUUCGGAAUGCUGUUCGAGCUACAAUUAUAGAGACCCCAUCAUCCUCAGUCAGAAAAGGGCACUCGCCAUCACCUUCUCCACGGCCUUUACGUCGAGCUGGAACCUUCUUGUUCACUGCCAGCAUGCCAAAAAAAGAACUAGAGAAGCGAACAGUUUCACCAUAUCGAUUUCCUCUUCUACGUUCCGGAUCCUUCUCUAGUCGACCAACAACGCCAAAUUCAAGGGCAACCACCCCAAAUCUCAGUCGACCAACCACCCCAAAUGCUUCUUUUGGAAGACAGCGGUAUCCUUCAGAGCCUCGAAAAUCAGCUUCAAUGCGUUUCCAUCCUGAAAGUGAAAAGCGAAGCCCUAGAGAGAUUGAACAAUCCCCCAGCAAAAGUAAACGUCUUCUCAAGGCCUUGCUCAGCAGACGCAAGUCGAAGAAAGAUGACGUGCUAUAUACUUACUUGGAUGAAUACUGAUAAGAAAAGACAUGGAAAAAAGAAGGAAACGAACCAGUCAUGUACUCUUUCAUUAACUUUUUUCAUUAUUAUCCAGCAGUGUUGUAUUUUAUUAUCGUAAUAUAGUUAUUUUUAAGUUGGUUGCUACCAUUUGGAUUAGGUCCCUUCGAGAUGGGCCUCGUUCUUAGUC